AGCAGCAAACACUUUCCAUCAUUUGAACACGAAAGCGUGUGUGAUUCGUUGGGGAAGAAGAAGGACUAGGGUUUUUUUGUUGGAUUUUGAUUUUUUGGUGUCUCAUUGUGAAGAAGAAAGGAGAAAAUGUUCAACGCUGAUCCUUCAUUUCCCAGUGUCCCUACCCUCACCACUGAACAGAUUCAAAAGUACUUGGAGGAGAAUAAGGAGCUGAUCCUGGCAAUAUUGGAACAUCAAAACAUGGGAAAGUUCACUGAGAUUGCACAAUGUCAAGCCAAGCUUCAGCAUAACUUGACUUUUCUGGCCAAACUUGCGGAUGCUGGGUCUCAGACACCAACACCAACACCAUUGCCAGCACCGACACCUUCUCAGGUUUCCCAGCAGGCUAUUAUGCAACAGGGGCAAGGUAUGCAACAACCUCAAGUUGCAAAUCAGCCACAACCAGAUCUUUCUGCAUUGAACUUGCCCUUGGAGAUGAAUGAUCAGCAACAGCUGCAGCAGCAUCAGCAUCUGGCAAUGUCAUUGCAGAUGAAUGAGCAAAACUAUCAGCUGCCACAUUUCCUCUACCAACAACAAAUUAUCCCUGGAUCAAUGGGUGGCUUUCCUGUUGCUAAUAGUGGCUUAUAUCAGGCCUCUCAAACCAGACUCAGUAAUCUGUCAGAAACACCAUCAAGCUACCAAACUGGCUCAGAUUCUGGUCCUGGCUGGUCUUAGGAAAGUCACUAUCUGUGUACCUGCUGCUGGUGAAAUACUGAGAAUACAACACCUAGAACAAUUGUUUCUGCAUACUUUUUAGUCAUACUCUUUUAUAGACAGUGACUAUUACUUUUUAAAACUGAACAAUUAGUAGAAAAACCAAAAAUGCAUUUUAUCUACUGUUGAAUUA